UCAAAGGACGCUACCGCAAGUUAUGCUUUUAUUUAUUUUUUAUUUUUUAAAAAUAAAAAUAAAAAUCAUCCAACCAAAGAAGUUGUCACAAACAUUUACACUUGCGUGAAUUCCCAGUUUGAUGCAGGUUAAUUAUUGUUUUCUAGAGAAAGACAUAUAAUAAGAAGGGAAAUUGUUAAAUACAGUUUAUCGAAAAUUGGGAACUGCAUUAGAAUUCAGAACGAGGAAAUGGGAUCUGAAGGGCUAAAGGCCGUAACAGUUCAUGUAACUGGGUUUAAGAAGUUUCAAGGAGUUCCUAUAAAUCCUACAGAAGCUAUUGUUAGUAAUCUGAAGGAUUAUGUUGAAAGGAAAGGUCUUCCAGCUGGUGUUACUCUUGGAAGCUGCACUGUGCUUGAUGUGGCUGGUGAUGGUGCACUUCCUCAGUUAUAUCAGACCAUGGAAUCUGUUGUUUCUAAAACAGAUUCAAAGAGCAAUGAAAAUGUUGUGUGGCUUCACUUAGGAGUGAAUAGUGGAGCUGUAAGGUUUGCCGUUGAACGGUUGGCAGCAAAUGAAGCCACUUUCCGCUGUCCAGAUGAAUUAGGAUGGCAACCACAGCAAGUUCCAAUAGUCCUUGAAGAUGGAGGAAUUUCUCGAACAAGAGAGACUUCUCUAUCCGUCGAUGCAAUUUUGAAAUUCUUGAAGAAGGGAAGAGAGUAUGAUGUAACGAUAUCAAAUGAUGCUGGACGAUUUGUUUGCAAUUAUGUGUAUUACCACUCUCUCCGGUUCGCAGAACAGAAGGGUAACAAGUCUCUCUUUGUCCAUGUUCCUUUAUUUUCGAGAAUCGAUGAAGAAACUCAGAUGGGAUUUACAGCCUCUCUUUUGGAGGCCAUUGCUUCUGCAUGUUAAUGCAAUUGAUUGAAAAUGUUCACAAGGACUGUCAUGUCCACUUAUUAUCUUGUUGUGCAUGAUGUAAAUCAUUUGUCUCAAAUAGAAAUGCAAUUGUAAAACAUUAUUGAGUGAACAACAAAGUUGUUCUUUGUUUAUUUUUUUUUCUUUGACAAGUUGUUGAUGUAUAAUUCAUGGAUGUCUGCUCUUGGACUUUACACAGAUAUGCUGGUGAUGGAUGAAUUUUUUUUUUUUUUUAAA